AUGCACAUCCUGGUGCCCGAGCCGAACGGCAGCGCGGUGCAGACGGUGCCGCUCGAGCCCAUCGACACUGGAGUAGCGCGCAUGGCGCCAGGAGGCGCGGCGAGUCCGGCGAGCGCAGGUGGUGUCCAUGUGAACACUGUCGGCCUGUACAGGAUGCACAUCGGCGAGAGCGGUGCGAGCGAGCGCAUGCGAACGGACAUGUCGGAGCACCCGCGGCCCGACGCGUUCGGCGACCCGUCGGCCUUCGGCGGUACCGGCGCGUUCGGUGACGUCGGGAAUGCCGGUCGACCGUUUGGGCAAGGCGGCCUCCCAUCCCAGUUUGGAAGGGGCGCGUUCGAAUUCGGCCAGCAGCAGCAGCUGAGGGAGCUGCAAAGGUUCCAGGAGAGACAGCACGCGCAGCAGCGGGAACAGCAGCAGUUCUACGGCGCGGGCGGGUUCGACUUCGACGCCGGGCAGCCAUUCCACCCCCACACCUCGAUGCAGGCGCAUGCGCCCACGCAGACACGCUCACAGCACCACCUCCCGGCUCAUACAUCUCCCCAUUCGCACUCCUCGCCGCAUGCGUACUCUCCGAUGCAGCGCACACUGCAAGGGUCACACGCACAGCACCCGCACUCGCCCAUACACACACUCUCGCCCGCGCUCUCCGACUUUCGCGCCGGCAGCGAGUACAGCCACAGCAGCUCGAGCAGCUCCUCGCGCGGCGGGAGCGUCUCGUCGGGGUCCGGCUCCGUGCGCAUGCUCGCUGGCGCAGGCGGUGCAUGGUCCCCACAGUCAGGCGUCGAUUUUGGAGGUUACCACAUCAAAAGCGAAUACAGCGAGCUUGGGAUGGCGUUCGGUCAGUGGGUACCUCCCGAUGCCUCCUCUCCCCGUCGCCCUCACCGAGCCCGCCGAAGCCAGUGCAGGCCGCAGACGCGCCACUAG